UGGAUGCUCAUCCUAUCAGCAAUGCGUCUUCCGGUUCAAGUUCUGGUCAUCGCCUCCUAUCUUGGAACUCUCUCUGCUGCUACCACAAUCAAGAACAGUAAUCCGCUCAUAUUCUAUCAUGGACGAUGGGAUGAAUCUCCUGGGACAUGGUGGGCUGGCUCAGGUUUCAAACUGAACGUUAAAAACCUCAAGUCAAUGACUUUGAACUUGGGUGUACAUACGACCCAGCCGCUAGCAUCUAUCGGCGUUUCGGUUGACUACGGGGAAUUCAAUACCGUGAACGUUUCCGCAGGCGCUAAUUCCAUACCGUUGAGCGACUUCGUCUCCGGGAAGAAUCAACAAACCGUCGUGAGAGUUAACGCAGAGGGCUGGCAGAAUAAUCGAAUAAACUUGGAGAGUAUAAUCCUCAACAAGGGCGCCGAGUUGUUGCCGUAUCGUCCCUCUAACAUCGCGUUUCAAUUUAUUGGCGACUCUCUCUCAGCUGGACAAUUCCUUGACAAAGGCGUUGAUCAAGCCUGGCCAUUCCUUGUGGGUGAAGCUUUCAAAGCCGAGCAUGUUAUAUGUGCUCAACCAGGAGCCGCUUUGACGGACAUUUUCUCUUAUGGAAACGUCCACGGAGUUUCUUACCAGUUUUUCCGGACGGAAGACACUGGCUACUACUACACAGCGGACCAUAACUUCACGACUUCCUGGAACUUUGCAAAGGACAGGCCUACGCCGACUCAUCUUGUGAUCCAUAUCGGAGCCAACGACGCCUCCCAGAAUGUCACCGCCAGUCAAUUCGUGCAAGUUUACGAGUCAUUUAUUGCUCGCCUUCGUACCGUCUACCACAACCAGCCAAUCUUCGUUUUCACGCCGUGGGGCUGGCCGAGCUCCGAUGGAAGCAUCUCACAGUACUAUCAAGGCCAAUACCAAGAGAUCGUCGACUCCCGCCAUAAGCAAGGAGACCAUGCAGUGUUCCUCGUAGACACCACAGGCUGGGUACAGUUCGCAGAUGUCUUCCCAGACAACGUCCAUCCAAAUGUGGCCGGCCACCAAAAGAUCGCAAAGGAAUUCCAAAGUUGGUUGGAAGGCUGGGGUCUCAGGCCGAAUGCGCAUUGGCCAGUUAUGGUCUAG